CUCAAAGAUUCAGGGCGGCACAGCAAGGAUCCGGAAGAGCGCAGGGCCAUGGUUGAAUUAAUGUGCGAUUUCGUGGAAGCAAUGAAUCCAGGAGUGAAACUAGUAAGAAACGCUGUUAUUUUAAGGGACCGCGAUAUAACUGGAGAGCUAAAAGAUGUAUGGAAUGCGGUACAAGCCCAAAGGGAUCGAGAGCGUGAAGAGCAAAUUAUCCAGCAACGACAACAGCAACAUUUUCACAAUGUCACCACUCAACAGAUGUUUCCCAAAUCUACAGAAUCAAUACGAAAUUCAGAGCAAAACCUGGACAAUAGCUCAUAUUCAGAUAGGGUGAACAAAACACCGCUUAAUAGUCUAGCUGAGAGAACCAUGGUUAGGAAUGAUUCUCCGCUAUUAGGUAGCGAAAGUUCUGCUUCGAGACAAGAUUUUGAUCAUAAUAAAAUUAACGCUAUGAACACAAACCACUCAAAGGAAAGAAGUGAAUUGUGUGCCAAGGCUCUAAACGAAGAAAAUGCAAGUGGACAAAAAGAAGGCAAAAUUGUUCUAUAG